AAGAAGCAGGCGCCAUGUCUCACCUGUGAACUCAGAGGACGACGAACAGGUCUGCUUCACCUUUGUUAGCUGUGUUUGUGCUGUGAGUUCAUCCCCUGGUCUUUUCAGAAAACUGACAUCAUGGCAACCAAAACAGCUGCACGUGAACUCAGGAUAAUGCUGUUUGGAAAAAGUGAGAAGAAGAAAUCAGCCCUGGAAAAGCUCCUCGUUGGGAAAAAAGAGUCUAAAGGUUUUGGAGGAAAGCAAUCUGGUGCUGCCUCUGGAGAGUGGAACAGGAAACCUCUCACAGUUGUAAAAACUCCCGACAUCUUCAGCCUGCCUGUGGAAGCGCUGUUUAAAGUGAUGAAGAGCUGUGUGAGUCUCUGUCCUCCUGGACCAAACGUUCUGCUGCUGUUAGUGAAACCUUCUGAUUUCACUGAGGAGAACAGACAGACUCUGAAUUUGGUUCUGAGCUUGUUUGGUCAAGAUGCUUUUAAUCACUCCAUCGUCAUCCUAACACAUAAUCACGAAGGGAAUAACUCAGUGGAUAAACUCAUUGAAGAAUCCAAACAAAGGCAGCACUUCGUUAAUUUUGACAGAAAAGACUCCUUCUCAGAUUCCUCAGAGUUGAUGGAAGAAAUGAAUGAGAUAGUGAGUAAAAACUGGGGGAAAUAUCUAAUGUUAAAAGAAGAGGUUAAACCCAAUCUGAAGUCCAGUGUAAACCUGGUUCUGUGUGGGAGGAGAGGAGCAGGGAAGACGUCAGCAGCCAAGGCCAUUUUAGGUCAGACUGAGCUUCAUUCAGUCUCCAACUCAUCAGAGUGUGUUAAACAUCAGGGAGAGGUGUGUGAACGUUGGGUUUCCCUGGUGGAGCUGCCUGCCCUGUAUGGAAAACCUCAGGAGGCAGUGAUGGAGGAAUCACUCAGGUGUAUCUCCCUCUGUGAUCCUGAGGGUGUCCAUGCCUUCAUCCUGGUCCUACCUGUGGCUCCCCUCACUGAUGAAGACAAGAGAGAGUUAGAGACCAUCCAGGAUGCAUUCGGCUCUCGAGUCAAUGACUUCACCAUGAUUCUGUUCACUGUGGACUCAGAUCCUACAGAUCCAGCUGUUCUUAACUUUCUAAAGGAAGACAAGGACAUCCAGGAGCUCUGUGAGAGCUGUGGAGGAAGAUCAGUUGUUCUCAACAUCAAGAAAAAACAGCAGAUCCCAGAGAUGUUUGAGAUUGUUGACAAAAUUAGUCAGCCCACAGGACAACUGUGCUGUUACACAGCCACAACAUUUUUACACGCACAAAUGGAGAAAGUCUUAAAACUUGUCACUGGUGGUGAAGUUGGAGAACAGGACUCAGACUGUCUCAGGAUUGUGCUGAUUGGAAAGACCGGCUGUGGAAAGAGCUCUACAGGAAACACCAUUUUAGGAAGAGACGAGUUUAAAGCUGAAUCAAGUCAAAUAUCAGUUACACAGAAGUGUCAUAAAGUACACGGUGAGGUGGACGGUCAUCCUGUUCUUGUGGUUGACACUCCUGGUCUGUUUGACACAAGUUUGUCCAAUGAGGAGGUUCUAGAAGAGCUGGUGAAAUGUGUCAGCCUCCUGGCUCCAGGACCACAUGUCUUCCUGUUGGUGAUUCAUAUUGGCAGAUUCACAGCAGAGGAGAAGGAGACACUGAAACUCAUCAAGCAAUUCUUUGGGAAGAAUUCUGAAAAGUUCACCAUCGUUCUUUUAACCAGAGGAGAUGAACUGGAGCAUAGCAGAUUGUCCUCAGAGGACUACAUCAAAAACAACUGUGAUCCUUCCUUUAAGAAGCUGAUCUCUGACUGUGGAGGAAGAUACCACGUGUUCAAUAACAAUGACAAACAAAAUAAAAAACAAGUCAGUGAGCUGAUAGCAAAGAUUGACACCAUGAUGAAGGACAAUGGAAGGCGCUGCUUUACCAACAAGAUGCUGCAAGAGGCUGAAACUGCGAUAAGGAAGGAGAUGCAGAAGAUUUUAAAGGAGAAGGAAGAAGAGAUGCAAAAAGAAAAGGAAGAAAUUGAAAGAAGAUAUAUAAAAGAAAUGGAGGAUAUGAAGAAAAGAAUCGAUGAAGAGAGAGAAAAGGAGAGAAUACAGAGAGAAAAAGAUCUAGAAAAAAUGAAAAAUAAAAUUAGGGAAGAAGAAGAGAAGAGAAAGCAGGAACAGGAAAUCAGGGAAAAGGAGAAAAGGGAAAAGGAAGCAGAAGAAGAAAGACGUCGACAAGAAUUUGAAAAAGAACUUGAAAUGCUGGACAAACAAAUUCAGUCAGAAAAAGAGGCAAAAGAAAAUGUCGACAGAAAACUGGAAGAAGCCAGAGAAGAGAUGAGAAGAAAACAAGAGGAGUGGGAGAAAGAACAGAAAGAAUGGUGGGACAAACAACGACAUGAAGAAGACAAAAGACGAGAGGAAGAGAAAGAAAAAAUGAAAAAACUACAGGAAGAUUAUAACGAAAAGCUGAAAUGUGAAAAAAUCAAUAAAGAGGAGGAUCAAAGAAGAAGAGAACAGGAAAUAAAAGGAUUGGAGGAAAUUCAUAAGAAAACUCUGGAUGAUCUAAAGAAGAAACAUGAAGAGGAAGCCAGAAAGAAAGCUGAAGAGUUCAACCAAGCCCAGAAGAAACACAUCGACGAAUUAGCAAAACAGAGGGAAGAACAUAAGAAGGAAAUGUAUGACUUAGUGAAACGUGUGACCAAAAAGACUGAAAAUCUGAAUAAGAUCAAGAAUUUAAUGCAAAAACAUGAAAAACAAAUCAAUCGGACUAAUGAGGAGGACAUGGAAGACCUCCAGGAAAAACAAAAAGAUCAACUAAAUGAGUUGAUGAAAAACAUUUUGGGAGAAGAGAUCAGCAGCUCAUCAGCCUGCAGCAUUUUAUGAAAUGAAACGUCAGAUGUUCUUCUCUUUCUGUCAUUUAGAUAAGAGAAUCUUUAAAGUAGCACUGAUUUGUUGUUGAGCAUGUUUUACUCCUGCUGUCGAUCACAGCCACAGAAACUGAUUAGUGAUCAUCAGUCUCAGCAGUGUCAUCAUUAAACCACAGGUCUUUACACCAACAUUAAAUAUGCUUCUGACUCAGACUGGUCAAACUAAUUCAUCUCAUGUACAGUAAUGACUUGUUGAUACAUGUUACUGCACUUCUGUGUUCCUGAGUUCUAACAUUGAUUUACUUUUAACCGUCCACUCAGGCUGCUCUGUGGUUUUAGUUCGACUUGAUUUGACCUCUGCUUUCGAUACAGUUGAUCACCACAUUUUAUUAUCGAGGCUAGAACAUGCUGUUGGUCUCAAAGGCAUAGUCCUAUCUUAGUUUAAAUCAGAUCUCUCAGAGAGGACUUUCUCCGUUGCUAUGAGGCAGUACUUUUCCUCUUCUGCCCAUAUCUACUGUGGUGUGCCCCAGGGGUCUGUUCUUGGUCCUACUUUGUUCUCCCUGUAUAUGCUGCCUUUGGACUAUACUUUCAAAAAAUAUUAACAUCUCUUUUCACUGCUAAGCUGAUGACAUCCAAGUUUACUUCCCCCUGAACUUGGAUGUCUCUGACCCACUACAACCUUUGUUUAACUGUCUUCAUGAUGUUAAAGUUUGGUUAUCACAAAACUUUCUCGCAUCGAAUGAAAAUAAAACUGAAGUAAUAGUCUUUGAUAGACAUACCCCUUUGCUUCAGAAGCACUGUG